UUGGCAGCUGCUGUUUGAUACAGUGGACUGCUGGCGGUGAUAUGGAUGAAAUAACGGUGUGCGGUUCAUCAGCUUCGGGUGGGGAAAUAGAAAUAUAACUAUCCUUAAUAGACAUUUGGACACAGGAUUUGAGUGUAGAGUCGCUUUUUCUUUCCGAAAGUUUUAUUUCUUUAAUUUGACUUGAGAAAGGGAAGGAACAGCAGGCUAGUGUCAGGCAAUAGAGGCUAGCUAACGUUAGCUAGUAGCGCUCAUCUGCCGACAGUUGCUAUCUUUAUAGAAAGAGCCAAGUUUCCGGGGUUCAAACAAAUAUGCAGUGACGACACAAGUGACCUGCUGUCGUCUGAAUGUUACCGCUUGGACAAAUCACAGUUUGAACUCCAAAAGGUCUGCGGUCGACUUGAUGAUGAGCUAACUUGAUGUUUGGAUUCAAACAACUGCAGAGGCGAUGAGUCAACUUUGGCGGCGAGACAUCCCACUGUCAGAGAGGCUGGGGAACAACUCUCCAGUUGGCCUCGCCCCAGGGUCCUUAGUCACUAUGGCCCCGCGAGGAUCCAACUCCUCUUCGGUACCAGAAACCCCUGUGGUCACACCAGAAGAGCCCAUUUUUCUCAUGACGUCCACAGCCCAAACCAUCUCAGGGUUUUUUGUUUGGACAGCUCUUCUGAUCACAUGCCACCAGAUCUACAUGCACCUACGUUACUACAGCUCACCAAAUGAACAGAGGCAUAUAGUUAGGAUCCUCUUCAUAGUCCCCAUUUAUGCCUUCGACUCCUGGCUCAGCCUUCUAUUCUUCACCAAUGAGGAGUAUUAUGUGUACUUUGAUACAGUCCGAGACUGCUACGAAGCCUUUGUCAUCUACAACUUCCUGAGUCUGUGUUAUGAAUAUCUGGGAGGAGAGAGCGCCAUCAUGGCUGAGAUCAGAGGGAAACCAAUUGAGUCAAGCUGUGUGUACGGGACCUGUUGUCUGUGGGGCAAGGCCUACUCCAUCGGCUUCCUCAGGUUUUGCAAACAGGCAACACUGCAGUUCUGUGUGGUGAAACCCCUGAUGGCAAUGAUCACUGUCAUUCUUCAGGCCUUUGGGAAAUACAGAGAUGGUGACUUCAAUGUGGCCAGUGGCUACCUGUACGUGACCAUUGUCUACAACAUCUCCGUCAGUCUGUCCCUCUACGCUCUCUUCCUCUUCUACUUUGCCACACGUGAACUGCUUGUCCCAUACAACCCCGUGCUCAAGUUCUUCAUGGUCAAGUCGGUCAUCUUUCUCUCCUUCUGGCAGGGGAUGCUGCUUGCCAUCCUAGAGAAGUGCGGUGCCAUCCCUCAGAUCAGCUCUGCUGACUUGUCUGUGGGCGAGGGAACAGUUGCUGCUGGUUACCAAAACUUCAUCAUCUGCAUUGAAAUGUUCUUUGCUGCUGUGGCUCUGCGCCAUGCCUUUACUUACAAAGUCUACAUGGAUAAAAGACUGGACUCGUAUGGCUCAUUUCCAAUCUACGGACAGUAUGGUCACUGUGCCCCGAUGAAGAGCAUCUCCAGCAGCCUGAAGGAGACCAUGAAUCCAGGGGACAUGGUCCAAGAUGCCAUCCAUAAUUUCUCCCCAGCUUAUCAGCAGUACACCCAGCAAUCCACCCUGGAGCGAAGUGGGGGGCCACCCCUCUCCCGCAGCCACAGUAACCUUAGCACCCGUGGAGACAAUGAAAAGACCCUCCUGCUCAGCUCCGACGAUGAGUUCUGAGCCUCCCCCACACACACACACACACACACACACACACACAGCGCCACUUUACUCCUGUAGCCCAUAUUGAACUUUCAGCAGCUACGUGAGACAAAUCAGGUCUUUUGUUUCAACCCUGACCUUCAGCUUUCUUACAUUUAGAUAGAAAUGAAAGAUGAGAUUUAUUUCAGACCUAUGAAAAUGUGGUUAUCAGACUGCAGUGUUUUACAUUCAAAAAGAGGAAAUAGAAAAAGAGAGAGAUGUUACAAAGUCGAGGAAAGGUUUGUCUUGGACGUAGUUACUGAGACAUGCACUGUCUACUGUCAUUUGUUGAUCAGUACCAGUAAUAGUGCCUGCAUGUAGCAUUGUUUAUGCUGCACUUUAGACACCACAGCAGGAAAACAUAUAGAGAAAUUAAGUGCCAUCUUCACCUGAAACACACGACCUCCUUCAUCCUUGAGUUUCUGUACUGAUUCUUAAUGCACUCUCCUCCUCACACCUCUGCCUCUUGCUUCCAAACAGGGAGCAGUACUUGAUGAGAUACAGUCUUAAGAUUUAGAACUGACACGUAGUCAAACAAAACUGAGAAGUCAGAAUAGCAGGGCUUUAUUUUAAUAUAAAAGCAUUUAAUCACAUUGUUUAUUUAAAUGUUGUAAAGCCUUGAAGGUAUAACUCGUUUAAACACUAGUUUGAUGGAAAAUUAUUAUUCCAGAAAUGUUAUAAAUAUUCUGUGUAUGUGUUUAUUUUGUUAUGGGCUCAAAUGAGCAAGUGAAUCAAAAGUGUAAUAGUGUGAGUGACUGGGGCUCUGUGCACAAUGUUAAUGUAGUGGAGCACCGAGGGAACAGAUGUAGGAGAGAUUAGCAUGUGGGCAGUGGGACUGAUGGAAGGACAACAGCCACACAGAUUACGGAAGAAGCACCGCUCCCUGUAGAACCGGCCCAGCUGUGAUGUGCCGUGAAUUGUAAUCCUAUAAUGAAGGGCAUUACAUGCAGCACAGAUCUGGCCUACCUCUGCUGGUACUGUUAUAUAAAUGCUGACUAGAUCCUCUGGACGGGUGACAUAAGGCCCAGUGCUGCCUCUGAAUGUGUGGUUAGUGUUUUCUGUUUGUAUUGUUGAGUGCAGUAUCCAGACUUAACAGACUGACUCGAAGUAUAUUGACUGCAGGUAAACAAACAUAUAGUACAGUCUUUGUGAUUAAUGAAUGUUGUCAGGAUGAAACAUGUAACAGCCAAAUAGAUAUGCAGCUUCUUCAGCAGUGCACAGUCCUCUUUCCAUUCUCCUGAGAAAAUCAUAUUCUGUUAAAGUUUUUGUGAACUGGAAUCCUCCACAGCUGGACGCAAAGUUGGUUUCUUCCACCCACCUCAUCUCUAUAGAUUAAUGCUUCACAUUUGUAUCUGUCUAAUGCUUCAGUUAAAAGCAAGUUUGAGUGAAUUUACUCUAUUAACAUAACAUUAACUCAGUACUGAAAAGAUUACAUUUGAUGCCUUAAAUUUUUGCCCCAAAGUAACGGCAUAUUAAACUCGAACAUCUUGAUUCAAAACAUUGUCAAAUGAUAGCUGUCAUACUUUGUGACUUAAAAGCUGGAUGUUAAUGGAAAAGUUGCAAAUGUAAAACCAGGGAAUAUUAUACCAGAAAAAAAAUGUUGUAAAUAGUCAAACUGAGCACUGCAAAACAUUCAUGAUAGUGACUGUAAAGGCAUUACUUGGUAUAGUGCUUUGUUUGAAUAUUUUGUUUUAAUAUGUUAUCUAUAUCCUGUUGUUUUGUUUCUAUUGCAGACUUUUUGUAUAUUGGUAAUACUUGAUGUUUUGAGGCUAUAUUGGUUUAUGUUGUUGAAAAGGGAAUAAACGAUAAAUGGAAA